CGUCACGAGACUCGAGGAAGCUGCCGAUCCACGCGCGCGCGCUCACUGAGAUCCGAGAUAUUAAGGGCUGAACAGGCAAGACAUUGGCGAGAGAAGAGAUUGGAGGAUGUGGAGGUGAUCGGACCUGCUGAUGACUGGUGCCAGGAGUGAAGAUCGGCCUCUGUGGAAGAGGCCCAUGAGAUAUUAAGGGCUGAACAGGCAAGACAUUGGCGAGAGAAGAGAUUGGAGGAUGUGGAGGUGAUCGGACCUGCUGAUGACUGGUGCCAGGAGUGAAGAUCGGCCUCUGUGGAAGAGGCCCAUGAGCAGAAUUGGCCUGAUGGAGCAAAGGCACUCAGCGCAGCCCGGUACAAAAAGACAAUGGGACCAGGAUGCAAACAGCAUGGAUUGUACUGGAAGUGUGACACGGCACCAGAGAACUCAAACAGGAGAGAAACCCUUCAAGUGCACUGUGUGUGAGAAGGCAUUUGCAUGGUCAUCAGUUCUUCAAAAACACCGAAGAACACACACGGGAGAGAAACCCUUCAGGUGUAGUGUGUGUGGGAAGGCAUAUUCAGAUUCAUCUGUUCUUAAAAAACACCAGAGAACACACACAGGAGAGAAACCCUUCAGAUGUGGUGUGUGUGGGAAGGCAUUUUCAGACUCAUCCGCCCUUAAAAGACACCAGAGAACACACACGGGAGAGAAACCCUUCAGGUGCACUCUGUGCGGGAAGCCCUUUGCAGUGUCAUCACAUCUUAAAGAACACCAGAGAACGCACACAGGAGAGAAACCUUUCAAGUGCACUGUCUGUGAGAAGGCAUUUGCAUGGUCAUCAGAUCUUGAAAAACACCAAAGAACACACACAGGAGAGAAACCCUUCAAGUGCAGUGUGUGUGAGAAGGCAUUCGCACAGUCAUCAAAUCUUAAAAAACACCAUAGAACACACACAGGAGAGAAACAUUUCAAGUGCACUGUGUGUGAUAAGGCAUUUGCGCAGUCAUCACAUCUGAAAAAACACCAUAGAACACACACAGGUGAGAAACAUUUCAAGUGCACUGUGUGUGAGAAGGCAUUUGCACAGUCAUCAGUUCUUCAGAGCCACCAGCGAACACACACAGGAGAAAAACCCUUCAAGUGCACUGUGUGUGAGAAGGCAUUUGCAGAGUCAUCACAUCUUAAAAUACAUCAGAGAACGCACACAGAAGAGAAACAUUUCAAGUGCACUGUGUGUGAGAAGGCAUUUGCAUGGUUAUCAGGUCUUCAGAUCCACCAGAGAAUACACACAGGAGAGAAACCUUUCAAAUGCAGUUUGUGUGAGAAGACAUUUUCAAGUUCAUUUUGUUUUAAAAUGCACCAGAGAACACACACAGGAGAGAAACCCUUCAGGUGCACUCUGUGCGGGAAGCCCUUUGCAGUGUCAUCACAUCUUAAAGAACACCAGAGAACGCACACAGGAGAGAAACCUUUCAAGUGCACUGUCUGUGAGAAGGCAUUUGCACAGUCAUCAGUUCUUGAAAAACACCAAAGAACACACACAGGAGAGAAACCCUUCAAGUGCAGUGUGUGUGAGAAGGCAUUCGCACAGUCAUCAACUCUUAAAAAACACCAUAGAACACACACAGGAGAGAAACAUUUCAAGUGCACUGUGUGUGAUAAGGCAUUUGCACAGUCAUCACAUCUGAAAAAACACCAUAGAACACACACAGGUGAAAAACAUUUCAAGUGCACUGUGUGUGAGAAGGCAUUUGCACAGUCAUCAGUUCUUCAGAGCCACCAGCGAACACACACAGGAGAAAAACACUUCAAGUGCACUGUGUGUGAGAAGGCAUUUGCAGAGUCAUCACAUCUUAAAAUACAUCAGAGAACGCACACAGAAGAGAAACAUUUCAAGUGCACUGUGUGUGAGAAGGCAUUUGCAUGGUUAUCAGGUCUUCAGAUCCACCAGAGAAUACACACAGGAGAGAAACCUUUCAAAUGCAGUUUGUGUGAGAAGACAUUUUCAAGUUCAUUUUGUUUUAAAAUGCACCAGAGAAUACACACAGGAGAGAAACCCUUCAGGUGUACUCUGUGCGGGAAGCCCUUUGCAGAUUCAUCGCAUCUUAAAAUACAUCAGAGAAUGCACACAGGAGAGAAAGCUUUCAAGUGCACUGUGUGUGAGAAGGCAUUUGCAUGGUCAUCAGGUCUUCAGAUCCACGAGAGAACACACACAGAAGAUAAACCUUUCAAGUGCAGUUUGUGUGGGAAGGUGUUUUCAGGUUCAUUUCCUCUUAAACGGCACCAGAGAACACACAUGGGAGAGAAACCCUUCAGGUGCCUUUGGUGCGAUAAAGCGUUUGCAAAGUCAUCAGAUCUUCAAAAACACCAAAGAACACACACUGGAGAGAAACCCUUCAAGUGCACUGUGUGCGGAAAGGUGUUCACACGGUCAUCAUAUCUUCAAAGGCACCAGAGAACACACACAGGAGAGAAACUCUUCAAGUGCAGUGUGUGUAGGAAGGCAUUUUCAGAUGAAUCACAUCUUAAAAAACACCAUAGAAUACACACUGGAGAGAAACCUUGCAAGUGCUGUGUGUGUAGGAAGGCAUUUUCAGAUUCAUCAAAUCUUAAAAUACACCAGAGAACACACACAGGAGAGAAACCCUUCAAGUGCAGUGUGUGCGAUAAGGCAUUUUCAUUUUUAUUUUAUCUUAAAAUACACCAGAGAACACACACAGGAGUGAAACCCUUCAGGUGCACUCUGUAUGGUAAGGAGUUUGCACAGUCAUCUUAUCUUAAAAAACACCAUAGACCACACACAGGAGAGAAACAUUUCAAGUGCACUGUGUGUGAGAAGGCAUUUUCACAGUCAUCAAAUCUUAAGAAACACCAUAGAACACACACAGGAGAGAAACCCUUUAAGUGCACUGUGUGUGAGAAGGCAUUUGCACAGUCAUCAGUUCUUCAGGGCCACCAGAGAACACACACAGGAGAGAAACCCUUUAAGUGCAGUGUGUGUGGGAAGGCAUUUGCAAGUUCAUUUUAUCUUAAAAUACACCAGAGAAUACACACAGGAGAUAAACUCUUAAUGUGCAGUGUGUGUGGGAAGGCAUUUGCACAGUCACGACAUUUUCAUCGACACCAGAGAACACACAGGCAUCAGAAGAUCCCCAAGGAGUGUAGUCUGAAAUCGACUUGUGAAAGUCAAAGUACAUUAAUGAGCCCAUCCCUCCUGAAAAAAGAACCAGAAGUGAAUUCCAGCUUGGACACUAUGAAAUGUAUCAAGGUGAAAUUUGAAGAGGCGACAGUGAAGAGCGAAGAAGUGAAGGUGAAAUGUGAAGAUGUAGAUUCAACUCCAAAAUCGGACCUUCACUUCCAUAGAGGCAACGUGAAGAAGGAGGAACAUUCUGACUGUGAGGCAGAGCGAGGCAACUCUCAGCAGUUUGUCGAAGUGGAGGUGUGGGUGGACUUCUUAGACAAUACAAAGUCAAAUGGAGACCCUGUGGAUGUGUAAGCUUGAGACAAUGAAGCCCCAGUAGAUUCACCUUUGGCACAGGCCUUUAAUGAAAACAACGUGAAGUUGAACACUCCAUUUCUACGUUCAACUUGCAGAGUAAGAGCGACCAGUAUUUGCGGACCUGUGGGUUGGGUAGAACUCUAACUAGGAGCGGGAGCCAAUAAGCUCCCAAGCAUUCACUAUGUUAUAAUAAUAAUAAUUUUAGCAUUUAUAUGGUGCUUGCUUAAUCGCCUCAUCAACUCGGAGUUUUGUAUCAUAUCUUAUCACAAACACUCGAAGAGAAUGUGGUAUAUAUGACUUUCCAAAAAUAUAUAUUGAAAGUGAUUCAGACUUUUUUUGGAAUAAUUUUGAUCGGGAUGUAGCGCUGGGGCACGGAAAGGGUGAGUCCUCGUCGCUGCCUCUUGCCUUGCCACACAAAAGACAGCUGGAGGAUAAUUACUCACAAGCCUGCUUGGGAAGUCAUAAAAUGUAAUAUAAAAAACUGGCAAACCCAAAGGGGGGCUAAUGGGAUUCUGCGAGAAAUCCCCAGUUGACUUCAAGAGAAGGCCGCCAUAAAGGAAACAACCCACAAUAAAACAAACAUGAGACGGAAACAGCAGGGGGCACGAACCUCCCUUGGUCAGCAAAAUUCACCCAAAAUACAACAAUAAGUCCGAAGCUUAAAUCUUCAACCUCAGGAUAUCAAAAUAUAACUUGAGAAUGAGAAGCACGGAUCCCUAGCGAUACAGAUGGGGAACAAACAUUAUACAACCCUCGGAAUAUUCUUGGUAACAACUAUGGUAUACCACGAAUCUUGGUUAAGCAUGAACCAAAUAAUAAUUAUGAAAGUGUUAGACCUAGUGUCAUUCAGAAGAGAUACAAUGCGAAAUAUGUCAAUCUCACCUGAUCAAUAUAAUGUAUUCCACGGGAUCAGAGCCUCACCAACCGCCUUCGUCUUCGAGUAGCUAACAGCACAUGGUAGCAGUAAAUUAUGUAUGCAAAGGGGUGCCUCCUAAUAUAUCAAAUACCACGCAAUAAUUCCAAACUGCAACGUGAGUGCUGUGAACGCUGCUUGCCUGCCGGAGGAGCUCGCCGAUGGGCUACAUGACCCAGCCAACGCAGCCUUGCCUGCCGGAGGAGCUCGCCGAUGGGACUUUGUCCAGAUCUUUCAAGGAUUUGUGAGCUCCUCACACAAUCCAGCCUGGUUAAACCCAGGAUGGAUCUUUAGCAGGCCAGCCUAAAUGUUUCUAACCGGCGAAGUUUCUCCAUUAGGGGGGUUCACGUUUCGCAAGCAUAGAGAAGGGAGGGAAUGACCGUGUCCGAGAAGACCUGAAGCUUCGUGGGAAGCGACAGAUCAGGUAGCUUCCACACAGCGUUACGCAGCCGAUGAAAACAUAAUGCCGCUCGACUGAUUUGGAGACCUCCAUUGUUAAACCGGAGCUGGUCAUGAGCACACUGCCCAGAUAUGGGAAACUCUCCACUCUCUCCACAACUGCCCCAUCACUGAUUGUAAGUUGUGUGGGUUGAGUGCUUGAUGGUACAAAAUACCCAGGCAGGUGUCUAGUUUUGUUGGGGCUGAUAGUAAGGCCCCACCUAUUAGUGGCACGCUCCAGGCUCAGCAGCGGCGCCUCCAACUCCUCUGAGUGAGUGGCAAUUACCAGAUCAUCGGCAUACAUAACCUGGUUGACCAAUAGGGAGCCAUCCCUUGACCGCACCCGGGCAUCGAUCAGCCUCCCAUUGUAUCUGCACCAGAUGGAAAUUCCUCUGGUACAGCCAUCAAAAGCUUCAUGAACUACGUGGUCGAAAAAUAUGUAAAAUAAUGUGGAAGCCAGAGGACAUUCCUGUCGCACCCCAAGGUGAAAACGGGGAAUGGCUCCGAUUCCCAGCCACAAAGUUUUACCCGGGCCUGCUCACCUUCAUGAAGGUCCUUAAUGAUUGUGAGCAGAGGGUCAGGGACUCCAAAAGCACGAAGAACAACCCAGAGCCCAGGCCUACUGAUGGUAUCAGGCCUUGACCAGGUCAAUAAAGCAGAGAUGUGGGUCUCGUUGGAAUUCCCUCCGGACAGAAAAUACGGCAUCUGUGCAGGACCGCCCUUUCCUGAAACCGCAUUGUUGCUCCGCAAGCCUCUCCUCAGCGUGUCUGGCAAAGCGAUGUUGAAUAAUCCUUACCAGGACCUUUCCCGGCACACUGAGAAGUGAGAUGUUGUUACAGUCUGUGUGGUCCCCCUUCUGAAAGAGGGGGACCACCAGGGCAUCCUUCCAAUCCUGCAGAACCCAUCCAGUGGUCCAGACUGUUGUUAUGAUGUCAUGUCUGUGCACAAACGCUACCCUCCCUCAGCAUUUCGCUUGGGAGAUCAUCUCUGACCGGUGCCUUUCCUGGUCUCAGACUCUGGAUCGUCUUUAGGACUUCCUCAAAAGAUCGCACCUCAGCCAGACACUCACAGGGGGUUACUUCUUCUUCCAACAUUUGAGACACCGCAGCCUCAGCAGGGUCAUCCCCACUUUGUCCCACGAUGUUUUCCAUGCUGAGGGAUUUUCUCCCCCAGGACUUCACAGAAAUGCUCAGCAAAUCUGCAAACUUAUUCCUGGGGGUCGGAGAUUGGAUCACCGUCUUUCCCCCAAAUGAUGGUAAAAGGUGUGACAUUGCAGGUUACUUUUUUGAUGGAGUUAAAUAGUGAUUUAUGAUCGCGAGCCUAUUGAGGCAGACUCCAUCUCCUUAGCAACCUGCUACCAUCAACCAUCCUUGCAGCGCCUCACGGCUCUAGGAAACUUCAAACGAAGGCUGUGGUAAGCCUCCUUAUUCUCUGACGUGAGAUGCUGCAACUGAUUAGAGUGGGCCUGUCGCUUUUUCUCAGCCAGCUUGAACACCUCCUCUGUCAGCCAGGGUCUAUGGGGAGUUCUGGACCGUGUACCCAAAGCAGCCAUUGCAGCUGCAUGAGUCACAGUCCUAAACCUCGCCCAUUUACCCUCGACAUCUGGAGGAUUGGGGUACGAUGCCAACCCCAGCCGCAAGCGAUGAUUAAAUUCUCGCUUGCAACUUUCAUCAGCUAGCUGAGACCAGGCCACUUUAGGCUUUAAUGGGGUCCUGGGUGUUCACCCAGCACCGGAGUGGAAGAAUGGCAGACACAUCUUACAGAUGACAAGUCGAUGGUCAGUGGGCAGAUCAGCUCCAUGGUAGGUCCUGGUCUCAAGGACAUGGGCCCGCAUCCGCUGUUCCAUCACUACGUAGUCCAGCAGGUGUUCUUGCUUGAACCUGGCAUGCAUCCAUGAUGUGUGGAUGUGCCGAUUCCGGCACAUCCACACAUCAUGUUGGUAAUUAUGCCUUACAAUCACUCCAGGCCAAGUGCCAGUAUCAUGACCAACUCAGGCAUUGAAGUCUCCCAACAGGAUGACUCUAUCCCGAGGGGCCACUUUAGCUAGCACCUGUGACAGGAGGUCAUAAAAGGCAUCUGACUCAUCGGCCUUGCCUGCAUCCCUCCAUGGAUGUUUGUCUUCGGUGGGGGCAUAAGUAACUAUGACCACCACUCCUCGCCUCUGGUUGAUUUGAAGGCGAGCCCAAAGUAUUCUGGGGCUUACCGCUUCCCACACCUCACCGCCACGUUCCCACGCCCCCUUCAUUCUUUUCAGAAGAAGAGCCACUCCCUGUUGUUUGGUAGUUUCCUGCCCCGAGUAGAGGGCUGUCCACACCCUCAUGGUGGCAGGAGCCUGAGCCAGUCCACCAGACCUCCUGAAUACCACAGCACAGAGAUCCAGGCAGCAUCGGUCCAGCUCCCGAUAGAGGAGUGGCAGCCUCUCCUACGCAGUGAACAUUCAAACAUUCCACGUGGCCAUCCGUAGUAGCUUUUUGUUGUUUCUGGAGGAGCCCCGAGGGUCAAGAUUCAAUCUCCUGGCUCCGCCAAAUGGGGUUUGGCCAGGAGAUGUCAUAGAUGCCUGUCCCCCCGGGGCCUCCGGCACAAGCUUAUUAAUUAGAUAUUUUAUACGUGGUUUUGUGGUAAUUCAUUGAAGGUGGAGGGGUUUACAGCCCCUCGCACUCGUCCAGAGCCCCCAUUUAGCCGCUGUGGUGGUUACACACGCCAUGAGGGGAAAGACCAAUCUAAACUGGCCCUCCCCCCCACGGCAUUGCCCACCACAGCGUUGCCCUUCGGCAUCACGAGAAUGUAGGGGGUUUUUGCCGCAAGAAGAUAACACACCCACACACACAACGCUCAUAUUGGUACUAAUAAUGUUCCAAAAAGUUAUUUUUGUUUCGAAAAGGGUUGCCAUCCCAAGGUGGUGCGUUAACUAUUAGUUAAUCGUGAAAAGAAUUGUUCUGUCCCUUGAGUUACAUGAAUACGGUCGUUUAGAAGCAUUUUAGUAAUUUGUUUUUGUUAAUUGCAUAACCUUACCAAUGAAUUCAUUGAUGACACACGAAGCAUCUAUGUUACGAAUCUACACACUCACAGGAAUACUAUUGUGUUGAGAUUUUUAUUCUGAUCUUUCCCGCAAAUUAAUUGAUGUCCCAUUAGCCAAUUGAUAAGCAUCUGUUAGCCAAACAGGCACGCUAGCACUCACACUAUUGUUUGAGGACAUUUUGUUACUUGCAUAAUCUUACCAUGAAUUCAUUGAUAUCUACUGUUUGCCAUUGGGCACAUGUUUCUUUAGCAUGUUUUAUAUGAAUAUUGUAAAACAUGUACGGACUUUUCCUAUCGCCGUGUAUGGUUGCGCUACUCGGAGGAGUUAGCCGAUUGUUCUGUUACUUAGUUUUAACAAACCUUACAAUUGAGGGUUCAUUGUACAGAUUAAUGAGUAGGACAUCUUCAGGAGUACGGUAUUGACAAUUCCGAUCAUAAGUGUAUUCGCAUAUUAGAGUGUUUUUAGAUAUUAAAGUUGCUUAACAUAGAAGAGUCUGAGUGGUUCCUUCCUAAGUUCAUGCUAAAUAAUCUUAAUUAUAAGAACUGUUAAGAUCUGAAUUCUGAGACCUGAUAGAAUUACACUAAGUCAUAAUCAGUAAAAGUUAAAGCGAGAAUCAUUGUAUUAUCACGAUUGGUAAUACACCCUGGGCAAAGAAGCUGAGCCUAAUUUGUAUAAUUGCAUACAUUUAGAUAAUUCCAUAAAUUUGCUUGAUUUAUGAAACUACACAUUUUCCAUUGACUUAAAGCCUUCGUGACUGCAGGAAUUCAUACUCUUCGGGUCUUUCGGUAAAGUAACGUAUAUUGAAUUUUUUUAAAAACCACGACGUUUUGAUCGCAACACAAGCAAUCGUCCUCAGGUGAAGAAAUAUA